GCGACGUCGGCGUUGUUGAAUUUAAUUUUUGUGUUUAAAUCAUGUAUAAAUCAUACUAAUCAAUCUAAUCAUAGACAUAGUAUAUACAAGUAGUUAGUAUUAAUAGAUAGCCAUUUUAUUUUGUAUCAAUUUAGUGUUUUUUUUUAUAUACUUCAUAACUUUCGUAAAUUAAAAAGGAUAUAAUUUAUUUACAAGGAUGGAGGAAGCUAUCGAGUCGCUCUCUGAGAGCAAUAUGCAAGCUGAAGUUGAUUUAAACUUCCAGCCUAAUCAAGAACCGGUACAACCGAUUGAACCGAAUCAAGUUCCUACGGGACAACCCGGCACACUAGGCCCCAGUGGUAAACAUGAAGAGUUUUCUGUUGAAAAAGUCUUGGACCGGCGUGUGAAGAACGGAAAAGUUGAAUACUUGCUUAAGUGGAAGGGAUAUUCUCAUGAGGACGACACCUGGGAGCCUGAGGACAACCUCGACUGUCCAGAGCUUAUAUCAGCAUAUGAAGAAGCUCGCCUUAAGCGGGAACGUGAAGCUGUAGAGGCUGAAGCAGCAACAGCCGAAACUGCUGCUGCAGUAGAAGUUGCGGCUGCCGCUGCGGCCGCUGCGGCUGCCGCAGCGGCCGCUGCUCCCGCUGCCGUAACUCCUACACCUCCAUCAGAAACCGUGGAGGAAACGUAUAGCACCAGGAAACGCGGCCGUCGAGGUGCUGAAAAGAAGAAAAAGAUUGAAGAAAUUGAAAAACCCAGAGGUUUGGCUCGUGGUUUGCAGCCAGAGAAGAUUCUUGCUGGACAAUUAUUCCAUGGGGUUCUCUAUUUUCUUGUUAAAUGGGAAGAUUGCCUAGAAUUCGACGUAGUGCCAGGCCACGAGUUCGGUGAGGCAUAUCCCGACUUCAUGAUCGCCUACUACGAGCGCUGCGCGCCCUUUAGCGUUAGGCACAAGGUGGGCAAGGUGCCCAGGACGGCUCCCGAGGUAAUUCACGAUAUAAUAAUGUUGUAGGGUUCAUUCAUCCAU